CCUCAGGUGUGGAGCUGGUUGCUAAGGACUCCUGCUGUGGCUAUGGAGAGAGUAAUGUGACAUCAAGCUGACACAUCCAGCUAACAGCAGCCGCAAGGGGAGAUGGUGUCUGGAAAACAAGCUGUUCAGUCCACAUUUGGUCCAUCACAGAGAAUCUUGGAGCUGGCUCAACACAAAACCUCAAAAACAGUCUGGGCCACGACUCCUUGUGAGAAGCUGAGCUGGGGCAACCAGGAGCCUGUAUGGCCCAUCUCUGCUUCAGCGCUCGGAGCCGCUCCAAGUGCAAGAAUCCAAUACCUAUCCAGGCACAAAAGAGAUUUCUCAGCAAGGGAGGACCACCGGAGGAAGGAGGAGGAGGCGACGGCGAGCCUCUUCAGGAAGACCCAGCGGCCUUCCUCCAAGACGUCCCAGUACGAAAACACCCUGCGUUUGUCGACACCCAGAACCAGGACUCGUAGCUCCCAGGAUGCAGGGCUAUCGCCAGAUCCUCCUGUUUCAGGAAUACCAGGUCCAUCACAGCUGCGAGGCAGAGAGCUGCUGGUACUGAGAAGAAAAAAUAGAGAUUUUGAGGAUUCUUUGAGGAACACGAUUGUGCAAGGCCUAAUGCCUCCUCACACGCCUCAGUGUGAAAAAAACUGUCCUGUGUGGCACACCGAACCCAGGGUGAAAAGUGCCGUGAUCACACCUCGACUGCUGCAGCUUUCCAAACCCAAACUUGCACAUCCGGACUUCCAGAGGAGCAGGGAGGGAUGUGUUGUGAAAGUAGAAACGAAUACGUUCUGUUUGUCUGCAGAGCGUUGCUUCCAUCGUCUCUCUCUCAUCCAGAAAAGCUCGCAUCUCGCAGAGACUCGUCCAGCUGUCGCUGCCCAGACUGAAGGAGAGCAACAUCUGCUGCGCACUUGGACGUCCAGAGGAAUCCAUCUGGAAUGUUUCAAGAGCAGCGAGGAGAGCCACAGCGAGCGCUCGCAUUGAGAUGCUGGCAGAACCAAAGCAGCUUUCCAAGGACUACAUCCCACCACGAGACCCAGAGUGGAGCCGGAAAAACGUCCAGUCCAUCUGAGUGCGUGUCACCAUCAAGUCGGUGUUUCACCAGACUGAA